AUGGGGUACAUUAUGCACGCCGGCCAGGCGCAGGAACCGGUCCCGAUCCGCCGCGGCGCGCUCAACCUGUACGGCCAGAAGGGCUGGUACGAUUUCUUCGCGACGCGCGCGAGCCUGACGAACGACGGGUUCCUGGACGACUCCACCGUCGGCAUGAAGCACGUCGCGGUGCGCGACAGCGACCGCGAGAGCUCGUUCAAGCCCGCGUCCGGGAACGUGUGCCCGCGGCCGAAAGGGUGGAAGCCGAUCCAGAGCAACACGCUCAAGCCGCCGGUCGUCGCGCGCGCGCCGGUCGUCGUCGAGCCGGAGGUGGCGACGGCGUCGUUCCAGAAGGACUCCGAGGGCUCCUUCCCGUGA